CGGCUCUGCCCCCCGCCCGGCUCCCGUGUCGGCCUGGCAUGGCUGAACGGGGCGGAGGGAAGGGGCCCGAGCCUGCUGCCUUCGGCAGACUGGUUCUCAGGAGCGCUUCUGAGCACCACUACAUGAAGAUCUGUUUAGAAUUUCAAGGAGGUGGAAUUAGAUUGAAUGCUGCUCAUUUCAAGCAACUUGUUAUUUCAGCACUGAAGGAAUUGCAUGGGGAGGUUGGUGCAGCCUUGCCUGUUGAUGUCUUAACAUAUGAGGAAAAAACCUUAUCUGCAAUACUAAGAGUUCCUAGCAGUGGCCUUGUCAAGCUGUGGAGUGCUCUAACACUGCUGGGCUCCUACCAGAACAGGAAGUGUGCUUUCAGAGUGAUACAGACCUCUCCAUUUCUCCUUGCAUUAUCUGGGAACAGUAGAGAACUCAUCCUGGAUUGAAUACACAGGAGACAUGGUUGGACUGUAAGAAGCAGACGUUGCUCAAGAUGUUGGCACUACUCAGACCUAGAAUUUUUGG